CCUCAAACUUUACCUAUAAAUAUUUCCUCUAUUGACCACCAAAACCAAACACAAAAAAUGGAGAACCAAAAAGGGCAAGUAAUUGUGGUCGCAUAUCCAGCUCAAGGCCACAUAAACCCACUCCUCCAAUUUGCCAAACGCUUAGCCUCCAAAGGCCUAAAAACCACCCUAGCCACCACCCCUUACACCAUCAAAUCCAUCUACGCACCCACCGUACGAAUCGAACCCAUCUCCGACGGCUACAAUCAAAGCGGAUUCAACCAAGCACCAAGCCUAGCAGCCUACCUAGACUCAUUCAAAACGGUUGGCUCGAAAACCCUAGCAGAGCUUAUACUGAAGCUCAAUGCCUCAGCAGGCUCACCACCUGUCAGUUGUAUUGUGUAUGAUUCACUGUUUCCAUGGGCACUUGAUGUGGCCAAAGAGUUUAAAAUCUACGGAGCUGUAUUUUUAACCGUCUCAGCUUCUGUCUGCUCCAUGUUCUGGCGUGUCGUAAAUCGCCGUCAGUCGUUGCUUAUGUUGCAAGAAACUGAUGAUGAUCGGGGUUUGGUGAAGAUGCCUGGCCUUCCCCCACUUGCUCCUUCUGAGCUGCCAAGUUUUCUUUCACAGCCUGAGAGUGAGACUCACUCUCCUUAUUUGGCUGUGAUCUUGGAGAAGUUUAGCAAGCUGGAGGAAAAUGAUUGGGUCUUCUGUAAUUCUUUCCAAGAGUUGGAAACUGAGCUGUUGGAUGAAAUGCUGGGUCUAUGGCCCCUGGUGAUGGUGGGGCCCAUGGUGCCAUCAGCCUACCUGGAUCAACAAAUGGAAGGAGACAUAGCUUAUGGAGCAAGUCUCUGGGAGCCAAAAGCAGACCAGUGCAUGAAAUGGCUGGAGGAAAAAGCACUUAAAAGUGUGGUUUAUGUCUCAUUUGGAAGCAUGGCAGAGAUUGCAGCUAAACAGGUUGAAGAAAUUGCUUGGGGAUUGAAAGCAAGUGGUCUGAAUUUCCUGUGGGUCGUGAAAGGUCCUGAGGGAAAAUUGCCAGAUGAGUUUUUGGAGUCAGUAGGUCAAGCUGGAUUGGUUGUGCCAUGGUGCAACCAACUGGAGGUUCUAGGACACCGAUCGGUGGGUUGUUUCGUGACGCAUGGAGGAUGGAAUUCGACAUUGGAAGGGCUGAGCCUAGGCGUACCGAUGGUGGUGAUGCCGCAGUGGAGUGACCAGCCGACUAAUGCAAAAUUCGUGGAGUUGUGGGGGGUUGGAGUGAGAGUUAAGAAAAAUGAAGAGGGGAUCGUGAGUAGGGAUGAGAUAGAGAUGUGUGUGAGGGAAGUCAUGGGAGGAGAGAGAAGUGGGGAGAUCAAAAGGAAUGCCUUGAAAUGGAGAGAGGCUGCAAAGAGAUCUGUUAGUGUAGGGGGAAACUCAGAUGACAACAUCAAUGAAUUUGUAGCCAAGCUUUCAAUGCCGAAAGAAGGCUAAUUAAGCAACAAUAAACUCAAGCAUGGUAGAAACUGAGCUUAUCGACGUUUUACAUUCAUCAUCAUUGUUUACAUAUAACUAUGAAAGAAUGUAUGAGUGUGAAAUCUAUACAUAUGCUUGCCUUUGUAUAA